AUGGCGGAGCUGGCUCAGGCCGACGUCUACGCGCCGGCGGGCGGGCAGGACAAGACGUUUCCGCUGUGGAAGACGCUUCUCAACUGGGUUUCCUUCUUGUUCCAGAUCCUUCUCCAGAUCCUCAGGGGGACGCCUUCCUGGGCGCGGGUCGUCUCCAGCGUGGGCCUUCGCCGCACCUCCUUCCUCAGGUCCUCUUAUUCUUCCUCGUCCGCGGGUUUCAAGCCUCUUUCGGCAGAGUUCCCGGCGGAGACCCCCCCGCCGUCGCAAAUUUCCCUGUCCACAGCCAACGAGGCGCUUCAAAAGCUCAUGGUACGGGGAGCUAUCAUCGCCUCUCUCUGUCGUUCCACCCAUCAAUUUUUUUUUGGCCUCUACAGGCACACUCCACCGAUGAAAUCGAUGUUUUCGCGUUCCCUAGCCAUGAAAAGCUUCAGAGAAUCACGCUUCCAUGCCGCAUCGUUUCCCUCGAAUUCGGUUCGAGGGAAUUAGGAGUUCCUACCAGGAGGGUGGUCGCGUCCAGUGCGCUGGAUAUGAUUUUUUUUCCUGCAAGCUCCAACAUCUCCGGGUCUCAUCCCAUAAUCGGCCUGUCUCUAAACCAGAGAUCUCUUUCUUCCGCGACGUUCCUUUCUUUAUCGAGCAUCGCAUAUUAUCGAGCGAAAUUCUAGACAGAAGCAUUUUGUACACGAUUAGUCGGUUUUCCUUACCAUGAUCUUCUUCUAGACUCUGUCCUUAUCAGUUCGGCGUGACUGACAUACGCAGGUGGUGCUGGACUUGGACGAGACACUCGUCUGUGCAUAUGAGACAUCCAGCUUGCCUGCUGCCAUCCGUAGCCAAGCCAUCGAUGCAGGUUUAAAGUGGUUUGAGAUGGAAUGUGUGUCCGUUGACAAGGUAUCUCCGAGUGUCCAUCCCUCAUCUGGUCAACCUCUCCUUGCCAAUCAUGUCAUACGUGGCUGAGUUACUUUUCUUUAACGUCUGAUGCGAAGGAAGGUGAAGGGAUACAAAAAGUCAACCAUGUGACAGUGUUUGAGCGACCUGGUCUUCAAGAAUUCUUGCAGAGGACCAGUGAGUUUGCCGAUCUAGUCCUCUUCACGGCUGGGCUCGAAGGUUCAGCUUGUUCUUGGCUAAUUGUCUCAGAUGAUCAUCUGUCCUCUUUUUUUUUUUUUCCCUUUUCUUAAUUAAAAUUCUUCCCCCCAUUUUUCAGGUUAUGCUAGUCCUCUAGUUGAUAGAAUAGAUCUUCAGAACAGAUUUACUCAUCGCCUCUAUCGGCCUGCGACAGUCAGCACGUAAGCUUUUGAACCCAGUUUCUGAUCCAAUAGACAUAUUUACUCGUUGUCAUUAGUUGAAUCUGAUAAUUUUUUAUUUUUAUUAUCCGUCGAGGUUUUAUUUACCAAAAAUGGUAAUUUUAAAAGGUAAUUCAAUGCCCCUUAUUGAAAGCCCCUUGAUUUUUGGAUCGUCACUUUGUUGACCACUCACCGAAAUUUCAUAUAUUUUUUAUAUUAUCCAUUUAUUAUUCACGCUCAUAAGUAGAUAUGCAGAUUAUUGUGGGUAAUUAGCUUCAUAUACCAACAUGAGCUAUGUUUUCGGGCUUGUCGCAUUGGAAUCCUCACUCACUGAUCUUUCUGAACUGUUCUUCAGUGAACACCGAGACCAUGUGAAGGAUCUUUCUUGUCUGGCGGACGAUUUCCGCCGAGUUGUCCUCGUUGACAACAAUCCAUUCAGUUUUGUGCUGCAACCGCUGAAUGGCAUCCCCUGCAUUCCUUUCAGUGCCGGGCAGCCUCACGACGAGCAGGUGCACCUCUGGACUGAUCCCAUUUCUGGAAAAAAAUUGGCCCAUAGUGGCGGCAUCUAUGUGUCUGACUGUCUAUUUCUGGAAAUUUUCAGCUCAUAGGGGUCAUCCUGCCUCUUCUGAAGCUUCUCUCUCUCCAGAAGGACGUGCGGCCAGUGCUGCAUGAGACGUUUCACAUGCCUGAGUGGUUCGAGAAGCACGGAAUCCCCGCCCCCCAACUGGCUUCAUGA